UCAACCUCACCUCAUCAUUUGGUCUUGGUUAUUUACAAGCUAGGCACCACCUCAUUUCCCACUUUCUUUGAUGAUCGCUUUUAAAAUCUCUCACCGGCCUUCUCUAUAUAAUUACUGCACUCUAUCAUCCAGUCCCUCCACCAUGGGAAGCAUGAAGGUGCAUCAGUUCGCACGUGGAUCAUUCUGGGAUCACCACGAACCCUCCCUCACGCUUGGCUGCAAGCGCUUGCGCCCUCUUGCUCCCAAGCUGGCUAACACCGACAACACUCCUACUUCUACUCUCCCCGCAGCUUUCGAUCUCAAGAGUUUCAUCAAACCUGAAAGUGGCCCCAGAAAACUAGGAUCCUCUGACGACAAACGAGAUUCCCCCGCCCAGGUGGAAACACACCCAGGAGGGACGCGGUGGAACCCAACACAAGAACAGAUAGGGAUAUUGGAGAUGCUGUAUAAGGGUGGAAUGCGCACUCCCAAUGCGCAACAGAUAGAGCAAAUCACAGCACAGCUUGGGAAGUACGGGAAGAUCGAAGGGAAGAAUGUGUUUUAUUGGUUCCAAAACCACAAAGCUCGCGAGAGGCAGAAGCAGAAGCGCAACAGUCUUGGUCUUGGGCAUUGUCCCAGAACCCCAGCCCCCAUUACCACUAUGAUCACUUUGGAGACCAGGGGAUCAGAAUUGGAAAGAGAUCAGGAAGAUAGUCCAUACAAAAGGAAGUGCAGGAGCUGGGGAUUUGAAAUCUUAGAAGAGGAAAGCUGCAUGAUAUAUUGUAAAGAGGAGGGAGAUAGAACUCUGGAGCUCUUCCCAUUACACCCGGAAGGCAGAUGAAGGGGUUUGAAAUAAAUUAAUAAUUUUUUAUUUUCUGAGCAUUUUAAUUUGUUGAUCAUCCAUGCGCGCACCUUAAGCUUAAGCUUAAACUAGCUGCUUAAUUUGAUGUAGUGCUUUUCUUUCUCUUUCUUCUUUCUUUUGUUUCGGGAAAGAAGAAAGACAAAGUUGUCUCUUAAUUUGUACUCUACUACGUACUGCCUACCCAUGGCUAUUAUUCCUGACUUGUAACCAAAGCGCUGCUGCUGCUAGUGAUCACUUCUUUA